CCUCUGUAGUAAGCGGAGUGGACUGUAGCGCUCGAGCUCCACAGAAAGUGACUCCCGCUUCAGUGACAGUACAGGCGGACAGGGGGCGGACCUGCGAGAGGAAACUUCACAGAAACAAUAGCAGUCACUCCGCUGACCUCCAUAUAACUAUUGUUAUUAAUACCAGUAAUAUUUCCUGAAGACAGUCACCUGUGACUGGUGACGGGUUGCGUCGGUGUCCAGCGCCUGGUGAAGGAAUAACGUGAGCAGGAAAACGGAUAGAACGGUGAGGUGAAGGCACGUUUGAGAAGAACAGAAGGAGGACAGUGACAAGUACGCGGACUGAGCCACAGGUAGCCCCACGUUAACUGCCGUGGCAGAAGAUAUCAAAGUGCAGGCGGGUCAUGCGGAGCGCCGCGUCGCAGUAGUAAACGGCGGGGAAGAGAAGAGGCAGCAGACCGAAGAACCGCAGCGCCGCUGCGCCGCUCCGCCGCUCCGUCUGCCGUCAGAGGGAAGAGCCACUAUGUCCCGGAGAAAGCAGAGCAAACCCCGACAGAUAAAGCGUUCCCUCGGAGACCUCGGUGGAGAGGAGGAAAACACAGCAGACAACAUCAGCCUAUCAGGAGAGGAGGGCGGAGCCUCUGACCCCGACGACUCAGCAGAGGGGGACAGCUCCAGCCCCCCUCCUUACACAGUGCUGUUCAACCAAGAUAGCAGGACCCAGGACUCUGGCCGAGAUGAUGAAGACGAGGAUGGAGAAAAGCCGGGUCCCACACACAGCGGCGGGGAGGAUGAGGCGGAAGGAGAGGAAGAAGAGGAGGUGUUGCAGUGGAGGGGGCCAGAUGAGCUGGAGUUCAGUGAAGAAGGGGGGGGCAGCAGGGUGGUGGCUGCCAGGGAUCUCCAACCAGACAUAAUAUGGGGCCCCUACCCAGGAAUCCUCCAAUCAGAGGGCAGCACAGAGGAUCCUGAUACAGAGAACUCUAGGUUUUCUCUGGUGUGUGACGAUCCAGACUGUUGGAUCAGGCUGCUCCCUCUGACCUCUGAUGCCUCGUCUGCCAACUGCACCAUCUACAGCCAGCGUGAAGAUUUGUUCUGUAAGGUGACCAGGGAGCUUGCAGCUGGUGAAAGGCUCCUGGCGUCCCUGUCCCCACCAAUGGGCCCCUGCUCCUCCCCCCUGCAGGCCCAGCUUUCUCCUCCACUCAGCCUCGUCACCCAGAAACCCCCUGUGGGGGCGGAGGAGUCUCUGUACCCCCCAGCGCUGCGCUCAGAGAUCCAGCUCCUCCCACAGCAGGCUGGAAUGGCCGCCAUCUUGGCUACUGCCAUUGUCAACAAGGACAUUUUCCCAUGCAAGGACUGUGGGAUCUGGUACCGCAGUGAGAGGAACCUGCAGGCCCACCUCAUGUACUACUGUGCCAGCCGGCAGAAGCAGCCAGCUGCAGCCUCGUCGCCACCACAAGACAAACCUAAGGAGUCGUACCCCAACGAACGCGUCUGCCCCUUCCCACAGUGCAACAAGAGCUGCCCCAGCGCCAGCUCCCUGGAGAUCCACAUGCGCACACACAGUGGCGAGCGUCCAUUUGUCUGUCUCAUCUGUCUGUCGGCUUUCACCACUAAAGCGAACUGUGAGCGGCACCUGAAGGUCCACACUGACACACUGAACGGGGUUUGUCAUGGCUGUGGCUUUGUCUCCACAACAAGGGACAUCCUUUACAGCCAUCUGGUCACCAGCCACAUGGUCUGCCAGCCGGGGUCUCACAGUGAGGUCUACUCCCCAGGUCCCGGCCUACCCAAGCUGCCCCUGUCCACUGGUCUCAGUCCAGGAGACUCUGGUGUGGUGCUGAAGUGUCAAGUGUGUGGCCAGAACUCUGACUCACCUGCCCAGCUUCAGCAGCAUGUGCGAACCCACCUAGAGGUUAGGGUCCCAGUCGAAAGGAGCCCCACCCCCUGCCAAAGCACCCCGUCUUCAGUUGACAACCCCCAGCUCCAGCAGUCUCCCCAGGACAGGGAGCCCCUGGCCUGCGUCCCUACGCCAGAAUCGUCCAGUCCUGGUGCAAACGGUGGCUCUGCCACACCUCGAGACUAUAGUCCUAUUGAUGCCCCAUCCACCAAUGUAAAGAUCAAAGAGGAACCUCAUUCAGACUCGGAGGCAGAAGAGCAGCACAUGGAGAUUAUGGAGGCUGGAGAAGAAGAGGACCUGGGUGAAGAGGCAGGAGAUCGAGAAGCAACAAGGAGGACAAAAAAGAAGCAAACAUCCUCCUUCCAAAAAUCCACCUCUCCAAAAAGUCCAGCCACCGCAACUGUAAAGGCAGAACCAAUUAGUCCCACCCCUGGUUCUAGCCCUGUACAUGUCGGUGGUGCAGGGUCAGUUCUUCCUGGAGGAGCAAUGUUCUUGCCUCAGUACAUGUUUAAUCCUGAGGCAGCCAUCCUCCCUCAGGCCUCAGAGAUACUGGCUAAAAUGUCAGAGAUGGUACACAGCCGUCUGAAGCAGGGCCAGAAAGUUCCUCAGAACAACCCGGCUGCAUUCCUACCCUCUGGACCAACUGCAACUACAGCCAUAGCCACUCCUCCUCACAAAGGAGCCACCUGCUUCGAGUGUGACAUCACCUUCAACAACAUCAACAACUUUUAUGCACAUAAGAGGCUGUACUGCUCCAGUAGGCACCAUGCCGAGGGUGAAGCCUCAGCUUCAGACCCUGGGACAACUAGAGAUGCAGCGCCAGCAACACUACCUUCCAGUGGGGCGCAUGGCACGUCAGCAUCACCUCAGGACGGAGCAGCAAGUAGGGCAGCCUCUGCUUCUCCAUCUGACUCUGACCCUCAUGCAGGCAGCGGAGCAACAGAACCCGGGAGGGUCGUGGAAGUGAAGAAAGAAACCCCUGCGGGAAAAGAAGGACUAUCCUCCUCUUCUGAAGGGGAAGGUGGAGGUGGAAGUGUGGGAGGAGGUGGAGGAGGAAGAGCAAGUGAAGGCAGCCAGAGUCCUGCAGGUGGUUUUGCAGAAGAACAAGAAGACGAUCCCAAUACCACCUUCUGCGGAGCCUGCAACAUCCGCUUCAGUCGCCAUGAGAACUACACCGUUCACAAACGCUUCUACUGCGCCUCCCGCCAUGACCCAUCCAACCACCGGUCCCUACACAUGGCCAAGGCGUCCACCACAGCGGCCUUCCUUCCCCAACCCAUCAGGACACGCAAGAGAAAGAAGAUGUAUGAGAUUCAUAUGGCCAGAACUGAAGCGUUAGCCAACGCUGCUGCUGCUGCUGCUGCCGCUGCCGCUGCAACCGCAGCUGCCUCUGCUCCAUCUCCCUCUGUUCUGGGCUUGGCAGUGAAGGAGGAAGGUUCUCCCAGCGGGGCAGGCAGCUCCAGCCCUGAAGGCGACGGCCCCAUUGACCUCAGCAAGAGGCCCCGUCUGAGAGAGGUUCCACGGAACAGCAGCAGCAGUGUUCUCCCAGCCCUGCCACUCACUGACUACCACAAGUGCACCGCCUGCAGUAUCAGCUUCAACAGCAUUGAGAACUACCUGGCUCAUAAAACCUACUACUGCCCUGCCACCACCCUGCAGCCUCACACUUUGGAGCAGCUACACCGGCUCAAGAGAUCAGCCUCUGCCUCUCCCAAAAGCAGGCCUCAGCAGGAGCACCCAGAACUUCUUCACCCUAUAGAGGCUAAAGCUCUGCCAGCUGAGUGGGUUGCCCUGGCUCAAGGCACAUCGUCCAGUCCUCACCCCUCUGCCUUACCAGCCUCUGGCGCCACGUCUCCUCUCCAUACGACCACAACACUGGCAGCCACCCCAGGAUCUGGAGCCAAAGGCAUCGGUGCCUCUCAGGGGGUCUGCCCAUACUGCCCUCACAAGCUCAUCACCUGUGACCUGAUGGAGCACUUCAAGAUGACCCACGGCAUGCUAGUAAGCAUUCAGCCCCCCCAGCAAGGUGGAGCAGUGAGUCGCAGCCCCAGCCUCAGUCCCAGGGAUGGAGCUGCAUCCUCCUCCACUCUCCAGACCAGCCAGCCCAGACUGCGAGUCCACAGAGAGAGCAUCAACGGGCAAGCGAGGAGUGAUUCAGCUUCUCCGGGCUCCCCCCUGGCCAACGGCAGCCCUUCAGCUGGGGGGGGGUCACCUUUGACUGGCUCCCCUCUGCCUGAGUCUCCCCAAAGGGCUCCCUCUCUGACUGUGACCCCUGUGCCUGAGGUCCUGGGGAAGUCGCUGGGGUGUUCCGUCUUUCCAGACAAGGCUGUCCCAAACACAGCUUCCCAUCCCGACUCCACCCCCCAGCCUGCCCCCAUCUCCCCCCCCAAAACCACAGUGAUCUCCCCUGUCCUGAACGGUAACUCACGCUUCUGUAGGCUCUGCAACAUCAAGUUCAGCAGCCUCUCCACCUUCAUAGCUCAUAAGAAAUACUACUGCUCCUCCCACAGCGCUGAACAUGUCAAGUGAUUUCUCACUGCUCCCCCGACUGUACCGUUCUGAGCCUGGGUUCUGCGUCCCAAUGGUGCCAGAAAUGCGCUCAGCUGGCAUGACCAUGAAUGACAAUGAACGACUGUUACUCACCUGACAGGGCCUCAUGCUCCGGAGCAGAGUUCACAGGGGGUGUUACUCACACCGUGAAGGGUCAAAGUCUGGAGUCCACUAAGAGCUCAGACAGAUGCUACCUUUACACGCUGCUGUGCCCCCGUCCCAUUGACCACUCUGUGUCUUUGUACCACAGUCACCAAUUCAACUUCUGCCACUCCCAGGCCUCACAGUUGUUGCAUUGUGGGAUGUUUAAAACAUUUAUGUCACGUCCUCUGACUGUCCCUCUGCUGAACUGUCAGUAACUCGGUUCUGACAUUUGGAGGCAUUUCUGACCAUGACUGAUAACCCAGUGUGUUAAUGCUGGUUAAAUCUCCAGACUUUUCCUGAGCUCUUAAUGUUCCAGACCUGAACAGUGGAAUCAUUUCUCUUGUGUGGAAAGGACUUGAUCACUGUUAAUGUUUUUAUUAUCUGUGCAUAAUGUAUGAUGUCUGAAAACAAGAAUUCUAUUAUACUAUUGUUUCAACACUGGCUCUUUUUUCCUCACUAGAGAAGCUGAAGCGUUUUUAGCUGACAAACAACUAUGCGUUAUCACAAUGUUACUAAUUACUGAAGGAUAAUAUUACAAAAUUGCCUUUUUUUUGUUUCUUUACAUAUAUACACAUUUGUUAUUUUCUCUUCAGAAAAUGCAAGUGAGAAGAAAAUGUGAAAAUAUUUAUCUUUUUAGUCCUCGCUGAUUUCAUGUCAACAGAAAACUAUCUACCUGGUGUCAGAGAGUACUUUUUAUUUGUAUAUUUUUCAUACUGUUGGAAGGAUUUGGAUGUGUUGAAGUGUUUUUCUAAGUGUAGAUAUGUAAAAAAGUAUCUUCUCACAGUAAUCACUGGGAUCACACUGAACUUAUCACAUUAACAUUUGGUGUUCUGGUUAUGAAGUCUAUCAUUGGUAGUGCACAGCCCCCCCCCCCCCCCUAUAUUUUGCUGAGAAUAAAGUGGGCUGAUUUUAGGGGAAACAAAUUCCACAUUUUCAAUCAAAGUCUCUUUAGGUUCCAGCCCCCAGACCGGGAUUUUGCUUUCCACCACACACAACUUCACAGUAUUGUUGCACAAGGCCUUUUGAUACAUACUCUGAGAAAUGUUUCUACCACACAUAAACAGUCAUAUCUUUCCUUUUUAAAUUAUUGUGGUUCUGUCCGGCAAUGAAGGCAUAGCAGGGAUCAGUACACUGUAGGUUAUGCACAUACAGUGUGGCAUUUGGUAUGUGUUAGAAAGAGACUGUUCUCUUUUUUCCAUCUUUAUCCACCUGUCGUGCACACACCCUUGCACACACAGUUUACGCCAUGUUCCCAUGCUGCAGUUGCAAUACAGUGUUAGUUACAACUGUGAAAUGUUUUUUUUUUUUCAAAUAUUGAUGCAAACUUACCGAUGUACAGUAAGGUCCAUCCUAUGUUUUUAAAGUCCAAUUUAUUUUUAUUUUAUUUAAGUCGCCAAUAGCCAAUACUGCAUCCAGAUGCUGAAUUCAUUUGGUUUUCACUCCUGACAGAAUUGAUUUGGAGAAAUAUUGUCAUACCUGUUUAUGUUGUUUUUGUACACUAAGGGACACCAGAACAAGCUGUAAACACAACAAUAGUUCAUAUUAUCAUCAAACAAAGUUGUUGUGGCGAAUGUGGCACUGUUAGUUUCUCAUUAACUGAAUGAUGUUCACCCCCCACUCCCCUUUCCAAAACUGAUAGAUUGUGGGAUAUUUUCAUCAUGAUCACAGCUCCUGGUUCACUUCCUGCUCUGAUGUGGUCUGAAGCAGAGUGUUUACAAUAUACUGGUCUGUCACUCUCAGUUCAGCAGGAGAUAUUCGAGCACAAAGUCAGUAAGUUAGUCCCAGGAGAAAUAACGGAGUGCUUGAUAAUCAUCCUGCACCUGCACUGUGUUGUUCAAAAUGUGCUGAAUGUUUUAGUUGUAGGGACUUACUUACCUUUGUGAUGUAUUUAUGUUAUGAAGAUCUUUGUCCGUCCAAAGUGCGUUAGCUUGAAGGAUUUUCUGAACCAUUUUGAACAUUUUUAAACUAUAUGUAAAGACAUUUCUUCUUAAUGAUUCCUCUGAUCAUAAUGGAAAAUCACAGUGAAUGUCAAAGCUUUUAUUUCCAUACUUUCCAUUUCAUUUCAGUUUCAUUACACUCUUGUUCAAACUAUGCAUGGGAAAUAAAAAAAAAGUUCUGAGAGACA